UCUCAGACUAAACUUGUUUGCAGUCUUCAGGACUGCACAGGUUUAUAUUCUGUGUUUAGGAUUUUAACUUUUUUCUCGGCAGCAGUAGAGGUAAUCUACGGCUGGCCGUGUCACGGUUUGUUAAGGAACCAGACAAAUUAAAGCCCUUGCCCAAUUAAGGGGAGGGACCGAAAAAUUGCAUUGGUGGACGUCGUUAGCGGUCAGUUCGUCCAUCAGCCCUAGGUUGAUGCAGUGACGACAGGAGGGUCCACUUCAAGGAAAUGGCCCAGUGGGCGACUUGGACGGAGUGCGGACUGCUGCUUCUGCUAGCGUUCGCAGCCGCCAUUUUCGCCGCUCCCCCUCAAGAGUUGAACAAGGAAGAUGUCAAAGCAAGUUGUUAUUAUAAAGGCCAAGAAUAUCUUCAUGACGAUACCUGGAACCCGAUCUAUGAAAACAAAUGUUUACAAUGCCAUUGCGACAACGGACAAGUCAAUUGCCGAUUUAUCGACUGCCCCAAAUUUGCUUCAGCUGAAUCCAGCACAGAGCUCCUGCAGGAUGUCUUGACUGCCACCUCGGGGGAUCCUGGCGAACCAGGAGCAGAAGGCUACCCAGGAAGGCAAGGUGAAAUGGGUGAAGCCGGUGAGGAUGGUGUCAAUGGUGUACCUGGAACGCCUGGAAUGCCCGGAGCUUCUGAAAUGAGUGCUGAUCAAGCUUACAGAUCCUAUUACCCAGACAGAAAUACAAACAAGGCUGGAGGGUUUAAUGCCUUUUCAGGAGACUACAUCCAAGCCCAAGUGGGUCCCUUCGGCCCAAGAGGUGCAAGCGGUCCCCCCGGACCUCCAGGUGUACAAGGUCAGAUGGGCUUGAGAGGUGAACCCGGAGACCCUGGACCACCUGGACCACCAGGAACAGCAGGAGUUUCCGGUCCACCAGGCCCACCAGGCCCUGAGGGUGACAAUGGCAGAAAUGGACAGCCCGGUUCCCCUGGAGCCCCCGGCCCAAGGGGUCCAUCUGGUGGCCCCGGUAUUCCUGGCAUGCCUGGAGCGAAAGGUCACAGAGGCUUUAACGGUUUCCCAGGCAAACGAGGAAAUGAAGGAACAGCCGGUGAACCCGGAGAAGCGGGACCCCCUGGACCAGCCGGACCAUUGGGCCCACAAGGACCUCGAGGUCCCCCAGGAGAACGAGGUGAAGAUGGUUCAUCAGGACCUCAGGGUAUGAGAGGAGUCGACGGUCUGUCCGGACCACCAGGUUCACCAGGCCCUGCUGGAAACACAGGUCCACCUGGAGUCCCCGGUCAGCAAGGUCCCAAAGGUGAAGCUGGUGCACAGGGUGCUAAAGGAUCUAUAGGUCAGCAAGGUGCACGUGGUGAAAAUGGUGCUGCUGGAGUCUCCGGAGACCCUGGUCGUGCUGGCCCAACAGGUCAACCAGGAGCUCCUGGUGAGGAAGGUGCUCAGGGUGAUGCAGGUCCAGCUGGCAGCCCCGGGUUCCCUGGUUCCAGAGGUCCCCCAGGUCCUGCCGGUUCAGCAGGUGCUCCAGGUGCCAAGGGUACUGCUGGUGACCCUGGUGAAAAUGGCUUCAAAGGCUCUGCUGGUGAAAAAGGUGCACCUGGACCCGCUGGUGAUGUUGGAGCCCCAGGCCCAUCUGGCCCCGCUGGAAGCAGAGGUGAAAGAGGAGCUCCAGGUCCUCAAGGAACAGCUGGCCCUUCAGGAGAACGAGGUACACCUGGGGCAAGAGGCCUUCCAGGUCCAAGCGGUUCACCUGGCCCUAAAGGAGCUGACGGUGUAGAUGGUGAAAGAGGUCCCAGAGGAGAGGCUGGAGCAUCUGGUGAAACUGGUCGACCAGGCCCUCCCGGAGCACCAGGAGAUGCUGGCCCUGUUGGAUUGGCUGGACCUGAUGGUGCAAGAGGCCCUCCUGGCCCACCCGGACCUUCUGGUGCUGACGGAAAAGCUGGAGAUAUGGGGCCACCUGGUUCUCCAGGUAACCCCGGACAGCAAGGGGCACAAGGACCUCAGGGUGAACGAGGAAAUCCUGGUAAAGAGGGCCAACCUGGAACCCAAGGUCAAAGAGGACCACAAGGAGAUGCUGGACCUAAUGGAGAACGAGGACCCCCAGGGCCACCAGGACCAGAGGGAGAGCCAGGCAGGGCAGGACCUCCUGGUGGUAGAGGUGCUAAUGGUUUUCAGGGAGCUCCAGGACCCCAAGGUGGUCCAGGAGAGAGUGGAAGAGAGGGCGAACCAGGACCCACAGGACCUGAUGGACCACCUGGUCGAGCUGGCUAUCCUGGUGAAAGAGGUUUCCCUGGACCACGAGGAUCACCUGGCCCAGUUGGAGAGGCUGGAGCACCUGGUGGCCCUGGACCUGCUGGUCCUGCAGGACCUCGAGGUGUUUCUGGUGAAUCAGGUGGUCAAGGUGAACCUGGUGCUCCAGGACCUUUGGGCCCACUUGGUGAGCGAGGCCCGGCUGGUGAACCAGGAGAAAAGGGAGAAUCUGGAGAAGCCGGCCUGCCUGGACCAAAUGGAUCACCUGGACGACCAGGAAAGCAAGGAGAGCGUGGAUCUGUCGGACCUCAGGGUGAAGCAGGUGUACCUGCACCUAAAGGAGACCCCGGAGAAACAGGAGAACUUGGUCAGCCUGGUGCUGCUGGACGUCCAGGUGCUAGAGGAGAGGCUGGACCUCAGGGCGAGCAGGGCAUUCCUGGCUUGGUUGGUGCUCCUGGUGCUACAGGCAAGAAAGGAGAGGCUGGUCUAGCUGGACCUAAGGGUGAACAAGGUGAAGUUGGUGCACCUGGUGAACCUGGACAACCUGGACGUGUGGGUGAUGCUGGUAUUAAUGGCCGUCGUGGACCUGCUGGUGACCCUGGUGUCCAGGGUGCCCCUGGUGAAUCUGGACCUGAUGGAAGAGCAGGACUUCAAGGGCUUCCAGGCCCACAAGGAAACACUGGACCCACUGGUCCAUCUGGUCGUCCAGGAAUCAAGGGAACUUUUGGAGACACUGGUAAACAAGGUCGACCUGGAAACAAUGGUGCUCCUGGUUUAGCUGGAUCCCCAGGAUCUAAAGGACAAAGAGGAGAAGAUGGUAUUCCUGGCAAUGAAGGACCCCAAGGACCCCCUGGUCAGCAAGGGCAUCGUGGAGACCCAGGUAUUCCCGGUGUUCCAGGAGAAACUGGACCACCAGGACAAAAUGGACCUAAUGGUGCCAGAGGACCCCCUGGAAAGAACGGUUUGGAUGGCUAUCAAGGAAAACCAGGUGAGGCUGGAGCACCUGGACCUCAAGGUCCCCCUGGUGAGCCAGGACCAAAUGGAGCUACAGGUAAUCCUGGUGCACCAGGUCUGCAAGGACGUCAAGGAGAAAAGGGCCCAGAAGGUGAACUUGGAAACCAAGGUCCACCAGGUAAUCCAGGUCUGCAGGGUCCAGCUGGCCCAAGUGGUUCAGCUGGAACAGCUGGUGAAAGAGGACCUCGAGGUGAGAAUGGACCUGAAGGACCACGUGGACCCACUGGAGCAGCUGGAGCCCCAGGACCACAAGGAGCUGCUGGACCUCUUGGAGCUGAUGGAGAACUUGGAGACAAUGGCGACAAGGGUGACCCUGGAUGGGCUGGAUUACCUGGGCUUCCCGGACCUGAGGGACCCACUGGAGAGCCAGGCGCUAGAGGAGCUGUAGGACCUCCAGGACCUAGGGGACCUGAUGGAAACAGAGGACCAGUAGGACCUGAUGGUGAAGAUGGACCUGAAGGACCUCCAGGACCAACUGGACCACGAGGACCUGCUGGUGAAGAUGGCAGACGAGGACCUCAAGGAGAAACUGGCCGUGCUGGUGCUCCAGGUCCACCUGGGCAGUCUGUUUAUGCUUCUGCGAUAACCAACUGGGCACAAGGAGCUAAAGCUGACACUUGGCUGCGUGACUCUCCAACUGGAGAAGGUCGUGACACAAUUGAAGCUCUCAAGCAGGUGACAGAGGAAAUCCAGAAACUCAGAAAGCCAACAGGAGAGAAGACCUCACCUGCCAAGACAUGUAGGGAUCUUGCUGCUGCAGCUGGAGAGGAAAAACUGACAGAUGGACUCUUCUGGAUUGAUCCUAAUGGUGGUGGAGUUGCUGAUGCCAUCCAAGUGUUCUGUAAGUUCAGUGCCGAAGACCUGGAGGAAACACAGACAUGCCUAGUUCCAGCAACCUCUAAGUUUGAAAAGAAACAAUGGUUCAGCACAAAGCCUUCAACCGAUGAGUAUGCCUUGUUUGCCGAAACCUUUUCUGAAUCAGAGUUUUCUUAUCAGACACACAAGUCCCAGGUGAAAUUCUUGCAGCAUCUGGCCAAGAAAGCCAGGCAACACAUCACAGUGCACUGCAAGAAUGUGGUGGCCGGCUUUGACAACAGCAAUAACACCUGGAGCAAUGCUGUCAAGUUGGUCAGCUUUGAUGAGGAGGAUGUUACCGCCCAGUCCAAGAAAAUAGCCUUCAAAUACAAAAUUGUGGAGGAUACUUGCAAGGAGAGAAACGGUAAAUGGGGCUCAACAGUCAUUGAAGUCCGAGGCAAAGAACAGCUCAAGAGAUUACCUAUACUAGACAUAGGUCUAAAAGAUGUUGCAGGUAGUGAUCAAGAAUUUGGCAUUGAAAUAGGUCAAGCUUGUUUUAGCAGCUGAGAAAUUGAGCAUUUUUAAUCAUAUUUUUUAGUCAUACUUUUUUAUAUCAGAAUAGUUUCUUUUUUUUUUUUUUUUUUUUUCAAAUUCUUUUUUUUAUUUUUUUUAAAUAACUGAAAAUGUAUGUUGCCAACAUAGAUAAUUUUAAACCACAGUCAUUGAUACAAGUGGCCAUGGUACAAUGGACGUUUGUUAAAGCCCUAGGUUUCUCUUUACAUGAGAUGAUCCUAGGUUCUUUAAACAUUCGUUUCACCUAGGUCACCUGAGUGUAGAUUGUACCUUGGUUGUAACGGUGUCCAUUAUUUCAAAGGCUUUUGUAACAUUGGCAUGUGUGUUUUUGUUUUUUUUUUUAAUGAGAACUUGGUUUUGUUUUUUUAAGCUAGUUUUUUUUUUAUAUUUUUAAAAAUGUUAUUCUUAUUGAAAUAUAUGUCUUCAUAAUUCAUACUAUCACAUUUUGUUAAAGAGGAAUAACUCAUGUCAAUUGCCAAAAAAUUACCUGCCCAUUAAAAUGAAAAUUUCUGAAUAUUAUCCGCGAUAUACUUUUUCUUCAUUAUAAAUGUGAAAGUUAAUAAACAAAUAGUGGUGACUUAAUGCGACCAUGACCUUGUACAACAGAAGUCUUUAAUUGCUGUUCACAAUUGAGAAAAAUAGAGAAAAUGUGUAAAGAAAAAGACUACAUUUUGGACCAAGUAACAUUAAUACAAAUAUUUACUAACUUAACACCUUCAUGAGUUUUCUCCAUGGCAGCAGCAAUUAGUUCAACAUCUGGCAAUACAAAAAAAAAUUAUAUUUACAAUGUGUGGGGUUGCUUGGUCCAAAAUGUUGUUUUUUUUCUAUCUAAAAAAAACCACCUAAUAUUUGAAUGCCAUCCCUAUACAAUCAGUAAAUGUUUUCUACGAAAUGAUCAUGAUGAGCGUUCUGUAUUUAUUGCAAUAGCACAAAAAUGAACUUUUUAUGUUAGCAGGAUCUGUGAUUUGUUAAAUGUACAGGAUAUGUAUUUGGAGAAUAAGAAUGUUGUAUAUCAGGAAAGAUGCAUUUAAAAUGUAUUCAUUUAGAGUAACUAGCAUGCAUGACCAUAUUUCUUUUUUUUCCAUUGCUUUUAUAGUUCUAGUUUUUAGGUGAUUUAUUUGUUGAGUGAGUUGGAAUGAACGUUUGAAUACAAUUUGUGAGUACAACAAAAUGCACAUGCUUUGGUCAAAAUGCUUUUAGUGUAAAUAACAUAACAGGAGAGGCUUGAUUUUUUGAAGUUAUACUCCAGUUUUUUUUUUUACAUUUUUAACUAUGUGAAUUACAUGUGUUUUUUUUGUAUGUCUUUUUAUGCCUUUUAAUUAUUAUUCUUUUAACAUUUCAUGAUAGAAUACUUCCGUCCAGAUGUCUGCCUUUUAUAUAAUUUUACAAAGUAAAUCAUUAAAUAAAAUAAAAUGUCUAAAAAUUA